ACCUUUCACCUUAAAGCACAAACAGAAAUAACUCUUCUUCUCUACUUGUUUCUUCCUCUUCUUUCUUCAUAUCGAAAUCAUGGCUAAGGUUCUGGUUGGAUUAGCGGGUUUGAUCGGUUUUUGCUCUCUGUAUGUGGUGAUAGUUGAUGCAUUUUCGGCUUCCGGCGUAACCAAUGGCCAUGCCACAUUCUAUGGAGGCAGUGACGCUUCAGGAACCAUGGGAGGGGCAUGUGGAUAUGGGAACCUGUACUCGACGGGGUACGGGACGAUGACGGCGGCACUGAGCACCGCUCUUUUCAACGACGGAGUAACGUGCGACUACGCCUCGGACCCUCGCUGGUGCAGAAAGGGAGCUUCCGUGACUGUGACGGCGACGAAUUUCUGCCCACCGAAUUUCGCCCUCCCCAACAAUGCUGGCGGAUGGUGCAAUCCGCCGCUCAAGCACUUCGACAUGGCCCAACCCGCUUGGGAAAACAUCGGUAUCUACCGCGGUGGCAUCGUCCCCGUCCUCUUCCAAAGAGUGCCAUGCUACAAGAAAGGAGGAGUGAGAUUCACAGUGAACGGAAGAGACUACUUCGAACUCGUACUGAUCUCCAACGUCGCGGGAGCUGGUUCCGUAAGAUCUGUCUCCAUCAAAGGAUCUAAGACAGGAUGGAUGACGAUGUCCCGGAACUGGGGAGCUAACUGGCAAUCCAACGCUUUCCUCAACGGCCAAUCCCUCUCUUUCUCCGUCACCGCCACCGAUGGCCAAACCCUAGUCUUCCACGACGUCGUUCCGGGUUCUUGGUCGUUCGGACAGUCUUUUUCCACCGAUAUUCAGUUCUCAUAAUGUUUUUUUUUUUCUUGGGAGUUUCUCGUUUGAUGAUGAAGGUUGUUUUAGGCAGUGGUCGCGCUUUGUUUUGUUUUAUUGUUCGAGUGGCCCGCCAUGGUCAUGAUCCUUUUGAUUCGAGGAUUUUAUGAUACGGAUUCUUGAUUUGUCUCGAAAAAGAAAUGUAAAACCGAAACCUGUUCUAUAUGAUAUUUAAAAAAAUUGAUAGAAUGCAA